AUGUCCCGUAAACCUGGUAAUUAUUUUUUUCUCCUGCCAAUAAUUGCUUUUGUACCAUGGUAUGGUAUGUUAAUAGCGAUGCUGGCGUGUUGGGCAGGCCAGGGCCAUCCCAUAUACUGGUUCAUGAACCCGGGGCAAUUUCCGGUGUACAUAUCCGACAUUGGUGCAACUAAUCUGAACCCAUUAUUCAUCUCAUGUGCAGCUUGGCAAGGGCUAUUCUACGUUAUUACUGUAGCGUGUGAGUUUUACCAGAGAGCAGGUUAUUGGCCGUUCCAUGCCCGCCCCAGGGAUGAGGUCCCUCAGGAUGAUACUUCGUUCAAGUCGAUGAAAACUCAAUACAGUGAGUUGCUGCUGUCUGCAAAAUUUCUGAUGCCACCUUGGUACAGCAAGGAUGAAAGGAACCUCAUAUUUGCAUCGUUUGUGCUGGGGGUAAUCGGAGAACUAGGUCUAUUAUUUUGUUCGAUCUUCACUACUGCCAAGUACCAUGACGUUCAUAUGUCCAUGGUCGUGGUUUUUGUUGUGUUCAUGUGUUUAUCCAUCUGGUGCAACAUUAUAGAGUACUUCAUGAUGGGCAGGCAUUAUGCAUUACUGCACCCAUUAGCAUUCACAGACAAUGACCGCUUAACAAUUGAUGACAUAAAGUGGUAUCAGAUCAAGGGUCACGUGUGGAAUAAAUUCAUCAUCAGUGCUCUGGUCAAGUUCGUAUGGUUAGUUUUAGCCAUUGUGUGGGCAAUUUGUUUUGGUGCCAUCGAGGACAGCUCUAUCAGUGCAUGUUUUGAAUGGUUGUUGGCAUUCUGGUUUGGUGUUUAUUUCACCAACCUUUCUGUUGAUUUCUACUUGGGCGGAAGGUAUAAAAAAUCCCGUUACUUCCACCAGGUUGAAUCAUUUGCUGGCUAUUACAAGUAUGAAAACUUAGUCAACUCUCAACAGCAGCAUGCCACGGAGGAAACGGUAAGCAUCGCAGAUUCCCAAACGCCCUUGGGUGGAUACAUGCCAAAUUAA